GGAACUGGAGACUGAGCGGCAGAUGGCCUCUGUCAGCGGCCGUGUCCCCGCGUAGCUACCGCGGCAUAAAGAGGAAGAGGGAGGGGAUGUCGAUCUGCGCCGUGGAGUCUGCCGGCGAGUGGGUGGAGAAACUGUUAAAGCCGAGCGAGCUGCGAGCGAGCUGCGAGCCAGCCCGUAAGCGAGGAGGAGGAGGAGGAGGAGGAUGGCAUCACCGCGGGUGUGCGUGACCGGCGGCGGCGGGUACAUCGCCUCGUGGCUCGUCAAGCUGCUCCUCUCCCGGGGCUACGCCGUCCACGCCACCGUCCGCGACCCAUGUGACCAGAAGAACGCGCAUCUGAUGCAGCUGGAGGGGGCGGCGGAGAGCCUGAGCUUGUUCAAGGCCGACGUGCUCGACCGCGCCGCGCUCGCCGCCGCCGUUGAGGGUUGCCAGGGCGUCUUCCAUGUCGCCUCCCCUGUGCCCGCAAACAAGAUCGUCGACCCUGAGUCAGAAAUCAUGGUGCCUGCCGUGAAGGGCACCCUAAAUAUUCUUGAAGUUUGUUCAUCUCUGAAGGUUCAGAAGGUUGUGGUGGUGUCAUCCACCGCUGCUGUUCAUUCUAACCCCAACUGGCCUCAGGGUAAACCCAAAGACGAGAGUUGCUGGUCCGACAGAAAAAUAUGCAUGGAGAAGGAGGCCUGGUAUAGUCUUGCUAAAACUGUUGCUGAAGAGGCAGCAUGGGAAUAUGCAGAGAAGAAUGAGCUCAAUGUAGUUACUUUAUGUCCUUGUAUUGUUUUUGGGCCACAAUUGCAACCUGUUGUCAACACCACCAGUGAACUCCUCAUCUAUGUCAUAAAAGGAGGUCCUAAUGCGUUGAAUGACACGGCGUUGCAAAUAGUCGAUGUCCGUGAUGUGGCCGAUGCUUUGCUUCUGGUAUACGAGAAACCCGAAUCAUCCGGGAGAUAUAUCUGCGCACCAAAUUACAUUAGCACAAAGGCUUUGCUGCAGCUGCUAAAGAAGACGCACCCUGACUACAACUAUGUAAAAUGCAAGGCCGAGACGCAUCAAAACUCUCCUGUCACGCCGAUUUCGUCGGCAAAAUUGAGUAAUCUGGGCUGGACGCCGAGGGCAUUGGAGGAGACGCUCCUGGACAGCAUCGAAUGCUACCGCAGGAUGGGAAUUCUGCAGGAUGUGGAGGGACAGACCUACCGCCUUCCUGAUAUUUUCCGUCAUUAUCAAGCUGCCAACGGAUGAGUGCAGGGUGGCAGUGCCCAGUGCUUUCUACAUAAGUCAUUGUGCUUGUGACUUGCUGAAUGUUAUGUGAAAUAGUAAAGGAUAUGUCGGUGCUUUCAAUCUCAAGGGCAGAUGAUAGGAGACCAGAGAGUGAAGCUGCUCGUUUUGCCUACCGUAGAUAACUUUUCAGUUCAGGAUUGUACGUAUCUCCUUAUUUUCUGCUGUGUUGUGUCGAGGUCUCGAGGAUGAUUAUGAAGAUGUUGUUAAGAACAUUUACUCUUGUCGAUAAUAAAGGAGUAAUGAUAGGA